AAGGGUUCAGGCGUCUAUACUCCACCCUUCGCCAUUUUCCUCCAGGCGGGGACGAGAAACCUUCACCUUUUUGCCUCUCCUUCCGCCGCCAGGGUGUGCAGGGUGACGAGGGUGACGCAGCGCCUUCGCCAUGACCAUCCUCCCCAAAAAGAAGCCCCAGCAGGCCUCGGGAGGGGCUGAGGGCGAGGCAGGAGAGGCAAAUAACACCGGGACACACCAGCACCAAAUGACAAUGGGGGCCCUGCCUACUCAUAUACCUGCUGGGGAAGGGACGAGCAGGGGCACACUCUACCUGUCCUCCCAGUCCCCCCCUCCCUGCUGGCCCCCCCCGCCCCCCUCCGCCGCCCCUCGGGAGGAGAAGCGCGCCCCCCACACCUCCCCCUCCCACUUUGAGGACGGCCAUGAGAGCGGCCCCUCGCACAGCAAACGACGCUACCGUGCCAGUCCUCUCAGGAGCGUCAGACCCAAGCAUCGCGACCACCGGGGCAGCACCUCCCCCCCCUACCCCAGCACCAGCAGUGGGUGGAGCGUCGCCCCCGUCACCCACCCCAUCGCCCACCCACACCCACACCCACACCCACAUACACACACACAUACACACACACACAUCACCACCUCCAUUCCGCCUGCUCUUCCACCUGCUCUUUCUCCUCAGGCCGGGCCGUCGCAAGACCCCGAGGAGAAUGACCACAGUGGCUACAACAGCGGGGAUGAGUACGAGCCCUUCGGAUGGAACCUGACAGCCGAGCAAUGGGAGGAGAAGGAGCGACGGUUUGAGAAGAAGAUGAAGAAGAAGGGGCUUAUGAUUAAGAAGAUGCGGGAGGAUGGGGCGUGUCUGUUCCGGGCCAUCGCAGACCAGGUGUACGGGGACCAGGAUAUGCACAGCAGCGUACGGAAGCACUGCAUGGAUUAUAUCGCCCGUAACGAGGAUGCCUUUGCGCCCUUCGUGUCAGAGGACUUCCAAACCUAUGUCCAGCGGAAGCGACGAGAUGACUGCUUCGGCAACCACAUCGAGCUGGCCGCCAUGUCCGAAAUGUACAACCGCAUCAUCGAGGUCUACUGCUACAGCGUGGAACCGAUCAACAGCUUCCAGGGCAGCCUUCAGACCGACAACGAACCCAUCCGCCUCAGUUACCACAUGGGGACCCACUACAACAGCCUGGUGGACCCCUACAAGGCUACCGUAGGGGUGGGGCUCGGUCUGCCGGGCUACCAACCAGGGCUGGCCGAUAAGAACUUGAUGAAGGAGGCGACCAGGCAGAGCGAGAACGUGCACUUGGAGCAGGCCAUGUUGGAAGACAAGAUCCGGGCAACAGACUUUGAGGCAACGAGUGAGGCGAUCGAGGAGCAGGUCGCCCAUGAGAGUUACCUGCAGUGGCUGAGGGAGAAUGACCAGCGCUCUAAGGGACAGCGGUCCCCCUCAUCCACCUCCAGCACAGACCCCAGUGAUCGAUGUCCCCGGGGGCGCACCUCACCCCUCCACCAGACUCCCCAGGCCGAGGGUUCAGCCGACAACCCACGCAGUUCACCCCGCGCCUCGCAGUGCUCGGGUGACCUGCCUCGACUACCUCCUCCCCCCCCUCGCGGCGCCACCCCUGCGUCCCCCCGCGGCCCCUCUGGCUCUAAGGAUCCGCCCCCCUCAGCGCCGCAGGACCAUGAGCCAGCUGUCCCGGGAUCGUCGAAGGACCCCAUGCCGUCGUCGUCUGGGUACUCUGUGUCGAUGGGGGGGGAGUUCCGGGUGAAUGAACGGGCCUCCUUCCUCAACCACCUCCCGCCGCAUAUAUUUGGCCUGAGCGAAUACUCCAGCGCCGAGGCCGAUAUCCUGGCCCAGGUGCUCGCCGCCAGCCAGCAGGAAUACCUCGAAAGCCUCAAGUCCCGCACCAAGGACGAGACGAGUGACAAUGCUGCGUCCUCCUCGGGCUCCUCCUCCUCCUCCUCCUGUUCUUCCCUGUCCCCGGCAACCACCUCUUCCGCCUCGACGUCCUCCGCUGCUGCUGUUGCCUCCUCCUCCUCCUCUUCCACCUCCUCCUCUUCCUCCACAUCUGUGUCCUCGUCCCCCUCCUCCUCCUCCGCCUCCUCCUAACACCUGGUUCUCUCCGCGCCUCAGCACUCGUCUGCAGUUCCCAGUGUGUGUCUGUAGUCACUAAUCUCAGUUAGCGGCAACUCUACCGGCACACAAGUUUGCCACAUAAUUACCUAACAUUUUAUGUGUGUGUGUGUGUGUGUGUGUGUGUGUGUGUGUGUCUGGUUGUGCAAGUGUACAUGUGUGUGUGUGUGUACUUCAUGGGGAUAGUUGCUGAAUGUUUUGUUCCCUUCCUUCCCUCCCGGUCCAUCUCAGGAUAGAAAUGUUCCUCUGCAGUGUUAUGCAAAAUCAAAAUAGUACUUCAGACCUGCCUCCUUACCCUCCCGCAGCCCUGAUAUUCAAACCACAUGCAUGCGCCCGAAUGCUGGGAACCUUCACGAGUUCAUUCAGUGAGAGUUGAGUCUGUUGUGCUGGCGUGGGAACAGGCCGGCAGCACAGGUGUGGCCUGCCAGGGUCGGGGGCGAACACUUCAAAGUGAGUCUAACACGGCUGCCUGGCCCCAGUGUGUGUGUGGCUGCCGUCACUGGGUGUGUGGGGUGCGUGCCACCAGGGCCGGGUGUGUCGGGUGGUGCUGGGGGACGGAUGCUGGUGGCUGCAGUGAGCCGGUGCCAAAGGACGGGAGUUGAGCUUGGUGGCAGGAUGGAUGUGGUUUGAAUACACUCUACUAACACUUAAGGACUGACGAGUCAUAGCUAGCUGUAUGUUUUGAGGAUCAGUUUGAUGAUUUACCUUCAGCAGUUAUUCCAAUGAAGUGCAACUUUGUAUUAUGCAUAAAUAUGCACAUUUCAACUAGGCAUUUACAUCACUUUUAUUGCUCUGUUGUUACUUUGCAGGUUCGCCGCGCGGCUCUCGCUGACGAACCGAUUGUUAAGCUUCCGAUAGUCGGCUUCACUUUAGUUUGCGCGACGCGUUCUGGUAACCUUCGCACGUCACCCUCAUGAUCAUCACCAGCUGCUCAUCGUCAUGGCUCAGGCAGGCCCGGCGGCCCCGCCACCACCCAGACGGCGGCCUGCACGAGCAAUCAUUGUAGCGACGCUGAACCUGUGAUAGUCCGGCAGGCCUGGCCGGCACCCUGAUGACGUGCUGACUCACGGCGGCUCUCAGAGAGCAUCACCGGCCGGGGUGUGUGGCCUUGCUCAGCGGGGCUGCCCCCCCUCCCCCAAGCAGGGCGGCCAAGGCAGGAGCUGGACACACACCAGCACACCUGCCAAGUCUGCCACGCCAGCGCAGCGCGGCGGUCCUCAGGUCACACGCUGAGGGCCGCGAGGCUCUGGUGCCGGGAGAAUCAAACGCUGAGCACGUGGUGUCUGGCCACGACCGGCUUGUUUGUUUACAUUUGUUUAGCUCAACGUUGUUUUGUACGACAUUUUUGUCCAGUGAUUAAAUUACUUACACAUGAUUUGGAGAGUGGAAGAAUCUGUAGCAGGGCAGAGCAGCCAAGCUGCCCCGCCCACCACCCCAGUGGGCAGGACCGUUGCCAGGUUAACGAGUGCCAUCAUUCCUCACAACAGUGUGCCGGGCGUCUGAACUUGAAGUAUGCAUUGAAAGUCUUCUUUGUUGAUCCACUGCCUUGUCCAACACCAUGCAAGUGUUCAGAGCCGUGGCGCCGCCCACGCCGGCAGCAAACCAAGCACUGCACUGGGCCCUCAGAUUUACCGGAUUAUUGGUUUCAUUAACAAACUUCUGGCAUAUAGAAAUUCCACCACACCAUAUUUUCUGAGGGCGCUGUGAGUCAUGAAACACCCACUGCCAGACAGCAGCAGUGUGUUGCCUCUCAAGACAAGCCCCUCCACCCUUUACAGUCUGCCAAGUCAAGGGUCCGAUGUAUUCAGUGAUUUGAAAACUAUCCUGGUUAGCAAGCCCAAAGCUCCUUGUGUAAGUGACAUGCCCAGUGUAUUGGAGUAGACUCACCCACCUUGGUCUGUUGCUGUGGGCCGAGGCCAGGCCAAGUAAGGUCAGGUCUGGCUUGAACACAGACUCCUCGGUAGAGACUGUUUUCCUGUUGUCCGAGUUCGGCGUUCGGUAAGACCAUUCACACGCACUUGGUAGCUUUGGUUGACUGGACAAUUUGUAAUAAUUUAGUGGAAGUGGCAACCAGGAGGGAGAAUGUCCUUGUCGGUGAAACUCUAACCUAAUUUCUGGGGCGUGAAGGAGUAAGACAAUGAGUGGUGAUGACGUCCAGCUGUGUGUCAUUUAUUCAGCAAUGCAUCAAGUAAUCUUUCCGUGCUUUUGGGAAGGUCUUGAAGGAAAGCCGAAAGAUUGUCAGCGUGAUUCAGUACAGGGACGAGACAAGACAGUGACACCAAGGACACUAAGGCUUUGGCAGAGAGUGAAUAACCUUGCACUGGGUAGUUAGGAAAGAGAGUGGAUGAGAGUUACGUUCGUGAGUGGUUCUGACAUUUGUACGGCCGGCGAAGAGAGAGAGGGAGCGAGGAGAGGAGAGAAGGGAGAACAGAGGAGAGAAAAGUGAAAAGAGAAGAGAUAGUAGGGGAGGAGAGGAGAGAAGGGAAGGGAGAACCGAGGAGAGAUAAUAAGGAGAAAAAAAGUGAAUAGAGGAGAGGAGAGAGAGAGUAGGGGAGGCGCAGUUGACAAAGCAUCAAGCACUUGUGUCGAUAGAACAGAAUUUUGAGCGAAAUCUUCAGACACGACAACACAACAUGUCUAUAGAUUUCACCCAUGUUCUAUUCACUUGACUCAUGGAUGUUUGAUACUCUCUCUCUCUCUCUCUCUCUCUCUCUCUCUCUCUCUCUCUCUCUCUCUCUCUCUCAGCUCACAGGACCCCACAGUAUGUUUACAAACCCCACAGUCACAUGCCCCUCCCAGUCACAUACAAAGGAAUCAUUCUCCACACAUCCCUCCUCUCCCUCUCCCUCUCUCUCUGGGCCGAAGGUUGUAGGAGCUAUGGGUGAUCAGCAACUAUGAAAGACAAUAUAGGGAAACAGUCUCCAAGUUUCGGUGGUGUUAUACUCCUGUUCAAAUUAACCAGGUCAAUAAAUCUUCCCAGGUCGGCCCAUUAACAGCUGUGAUUUGACCUUUCCCAGCAUCCAUCAGUGAGAAAGGGUACACAGCUUGCUUGUGGGUCAGGGAUAGAUGCUGGAUUUGACCUUUCCCAGUACCCACCAGUGAGAACGGGUAUGACUUGCUUGUGGGUCAGGGAUAGAAGAUGCUGGAUUUGACCUUCCCCAGAGCCACCAGUGAGAAAGGGUACAGCUUGCUUGUGGGUCAGGGAUAGAUGCUGGAUUUGACCUUCCCAGAGCCACCAGUGACAUUCCGCCUGUAUUUGAGAAGGGGCAAGUUAAAGGUCGAUAUUGUUGUUUUUGGCUCCAAUUACGACCUUUUCCCAUGGCCACAGAGAAGAUUGACCUGGUUUUCAUGGGUGGUCAAGAUGCAGGUCACGUAAAACUAUCCUCAGCAUCACAAAAUCGUCCUAAAAAUCCCAGCAACUUCUACGAGAGGCGCUGAUGAUAUGCUUAUAAUGGGGGGACAUGGGAAGGCCUGGGUUAGUUCGAAUGGAGUAUACGCCAAUAAGACAUGCAGGAGUGAGGCAUUCUAAGGUUAAGAGGGUUAGUUAAAUAAAAUGGUGCUAUAUGUUGAGGGAAAAAAUGACUUUGCUACCCCACCAGUAGUGCUUCCAAGGUCACCACAGGGAGACUGACAGACUGUGGCUGGCUAAGUGUAGUCACCAGUUGUGUAUAUCCUAAACAGAAGAAGUUAAGUCCCUUCCUACCUUCCUAAAAACUGAAUAUCAUAACUGGGAUGUGUUUGCCUGUCCUGACGCAUCUUUCUCGUCAGGACCACAUUGGGAAGGACUCGGAAAACUAAGCUGUGGUCUGCGUGAGAUUGUCGGAAUGUGUACUCGGAACAGCUGCGGAGAUUGAUGGAGGUGUAAAUGGAGACCAGGUGGAAGGCGGGAGAAGACCUGGAGACAGUGUGUGGAGAAAGACAUGAGAGGGUGAAGAGCUGUGGAGGUGGAGGUAGAAAAGACCAGCUGGAAGAAUGAAGACCACCUGGAGACAGUGUGUGGUGGAAGACAUGAGAAGGAGGAUCGCCAGGGAGAAGAAGAGCUGUGGAGAUGGAGGUGGAAGAAGAGACCAGCUGGAAGAACAAAGAAGACCUGGAGACACUGUGUGGAAGACAUGAGGAGGAGGAACACCAGGGAGAAGAGGAGACAGUGUGGGAAGACAUGAGGAGGAGGAACACCAGGAAGAAGAGGAGACUAGGUAGAAGGCAGAAGACCUGGAGAUCGUGUGUGGAGGACAUGGGAAGGAGAGAAUACAGUUGUCCCUCAAAUAGUACAGUUUCCAAUAGUUCAGUUUUAUACGGAUUGUCAUAGAUCUUUUAAGGAUUUUUAAAUUUCCUGCUUGUCGGAAAAUUUAAAAAUCCUAAAAAAAUCCAUGAAAAUCCACAUAAAACUGAAACUGAGCAAUUGGAAACCGUACUGUUUGAGGGAUGAUUGUCGGUACCCCAACCACAUGAGGAAAAAUAUGGACAUCAGACAAGAAAGAAAGAUCGGAAAGGUUCAUUAUUAUCCGUCUUUCUAUUGGUCUCUCACGGAUACACCUCAGCUUAGUUUUCCUGUGACGCUUUCCGAUGCAAGUCCUGACGGGAAGGGUGCGCUAAGGGUGGUGGACGCGCCCUAACACCUCAUACUGUGUCAGCGUCUUAAGAGCCUCCAAUUCUUAGCUGCUAGAAGUGGAACGCAUUUUCGCUCUCUGCAAUAACUUCCCUGAGAUGUUUUACGAUUCCUUUUAUUUUUUAUUUGUUUUUAAGGACUACCGUUUUCCAAGUGUAGUUGACAAUUACGUGAUGGCCUUGGGUGUACAUAUAUAUAUAUAUUAUUAACUCAUUAGAACUGUUGUGAUAACUCUUGCUUCACUAGUUAGCGGAUAGGUCGGCCUGGACACAAGCAGUCAGUCGGUGCCACACACACGACUUCAACAGAGAAAUGAAACCAUCCCCCCCCCCCCCCUCCUCCCUCCUACCCCCGUUGAGCCACAUGUGUUUGGAGUCCGAGGUCAAUAUUACUCAGUGUUGCCAGGUCAUCGUACUCAGAGCAUAGUAUUUACCGGUUUCUGACGCCUAACUACUGCCAAGAAACGUCGGGAUCUAACACUUUUAACGAUAACUAUGAAUGAGUUUCGUUAGUGGAGCCCAGAAGAAAGUUUAGGGGCAGGAAGUCGGGAAAUAUAAUCGGCUGAGUACGACAAUCUUGCAGCAUUGAUAUUACUAAACAUAUCAGGAUCACAUUAUGACUUUUCCAGAGCCACAUGAGAAGAUUAAGCGGGUUUCCAUGGGUGGUUUUGCCGUUUGAGAUGCGGAAAUCGUGUCACACUAUCCUGGCAUCACAAAACAGCCCAUGAAGGUUCCACUAACCAGGUUUUCAAGGUUGUUUUUGCCGUUCGAGAUGUGGAAAUCGUGUCACACUGUCCCUGGUAUCACAAAACAGUCCAUGUGAAUCCCAGGUACUUCUAUGAGGCUUUUGAAACAGGUGAAGUGAGGUGCUGAUAUGUUUAAGAAUAGGGACUUUAUACAGAAGGGAAAUGCAGGCUAAUGUGCUACCUACCCCACCCUCCCCACCACCCACUCGCCCCGCCCCCUAACAUGUGUUACCCCCCCCCCCCCCCCCCCCAAAGCUGUAGGAACCAUCGCGUCACAGUUACUAGCAAGUGUUCGGCAUUAACGCAAAAUAUUUAGAGGAAAAAUAAAACCGUGGUUCAUCGAAAAAUCUCUCCCCGCUAGGAAAUCCGUUCGUCCCGGCAACCUGUUUCAAACCUGUGACUGACGCCACCACCUGUUGUUGUUUUUGUAUUUAUUUCAACCUUGUAAUAAUAAUAAUAACCUCCUCUUCUUAUUGACUUAGGUUAGGUAGUCAAAAGUUAGGAAUAUGCAAAAGUGUACAGACUCCUUUAGUUUCACUCAUACUGUAUUUAUGUAGUAAAUUCAUUAAAUAUUAAAGUCUCAAUAUGCAA